AAUCAAGACAUUUCGUGCAAAUUACAGGACAUACCACUAUUGUUUCUUUGGCCUCUGGUACAGAUCUGUGUGUGGACGAUGUUUUCGAAGUGCCUAGUUUUUAGCCAGAAGGGCUGUCGUGCUGGGUUUUUUUGGCUUCAGAAUGUCCGAAGAGGCUUUGCUGCUUCCUCAGGACCUGUACUGCAAAAGACAGCACCUCUUGAUCCAGGAGUGGAAAUGCCGCAAUGUGAUUAUGAACCUGAACAGUACCAGGGCAUCUCAUUUGAACAUGCUAAAGAAGUGAGGAAAACCUACCUGAAUCCAGCUUUGUUUUCAUAUUACAAGGAACCAGUUUUUAUUUGCAAGGGUCACAUGCAGUGGCUUUGGGACAGUGCCGGGAAGAGAUACUUAGAUUUAUUUGCUGGUAUUGUGACAGUCAGUGUAGGACAUUGUCAUCCUCAUGUGACGAAAGCUGCUAAAGACCAGCUUGAUAAAUUGUGGCAUACAACAAAUAUAUAUUAUCACCCAACACUCCAUGAAUAUGCAGAACUUAUGGCAUCAAAACUUCCUGGAAACCUCAAGGUGUGCUACUGUGUAAACAGUGGUUCAGAAGCUAAUGAUAUUGCUAUCAUGAUGGCAAGAGCUCACACUGGAAACUUUGACUUCCUUUCUCUCAGAAAUGCAUAUCAUGGUGCCAGUCCAUACACUCUGGGGAUCCUCGCUCACAGCACAUGGAAACUCAAUGUCCCAGUAGGAUUUGGAUAUUUUCAGACCAUGAACCCAGAUGUUUACCAAGGACCAUGGGGUGGAGCUAAUUGUCGUAACUCAGUAGCGCAGACGGACAGAACAUGCAAUUGUGCAGCAGGUCAGUGUAUGGCGUCCAAGAUGUAUGUUGAUCAGUUGAAAGAUGUCCUGGUGCAUUCGACUUCAAAAAAGGUUGCAGGAUUUAUUGCUGAACCAAUUCAGGGUGUUGGAGGUUCCGUUCAGCUUCCCAAAGGUUUCCUGAAGGGUGCAUACGAGCUUAUACGCGAAAGAGGUGGUGUGUGCAUAUCAGACGAGGUUCAGACUGGGUUUGGUCGUCUUGGUAGCCAUUACUGGGGUUUUGAAACCCAGGGUGUUGUACCAGAUAUCGUGACAAUGGCGAAAGGUAUUGGAAACGGUUUCCCUAUGGCUGCUGUCAUAACAACGCCAGAAAUUGCCCACAGUUUUGCGCAAGCCGUUCAUUUCAACACAUUUGGAGGAAACCCUGUGGCUUCAGCAGUAGGAAAAGCUGUACUGGAGGCUAUUGAUGAAGACGGUGUGCAAAAGAACUGUGAGGUCGUGGGAACUUACUUCCUAGAAGAACUGCUUCAGCUUAAGAAAGAGUUCCCGGAUGUAAUCGGUGACGUCAGAGGAAAGGGUUUGAUGAUCGGCGUUGAAUUUGUCACAGAUAAGGAAUCAAAGACACCUUUGCCUCCCGAGAAAUUCGUCCCGAUCUGGGAAGAUUGUAAGGAUAUGGGAGUUCUCGUCGGCAAGGGUGGACUCCAUGGAAACGUGAUGCGUAUUAAGCCCCCCAUGUGCAUAACCAAAGAAGAUGUCGACUUCGGAGUUGCAGUUCUCCGUACGGCCUUGUCCAAGUACUCUUGUGGCAGAUAAAUCACAACCGUUGGACCUUUUGCGAAUACUGUUAGCACCAGUAGUACCUCGGGACGGGUUGACAUUCCCCACCAAUUUCAAAGCAAGCUUACGUUCGCAGUACAGAAUAUAAAAACAACACCGUUGAAGUAUCCUAUUGAACGAUAAUGUUGUAAAACUAGUUUUUAAAGAAAAUUUGGGAAUGAAAAUCCUGAUGUCCAGUGACACAAGGCAUUUUGAUCGCAUUGGUAAUCAGUGGGUCCGGGUUUUUUUUUUUCUUUUUU